AUGAAGUUCUUCAACGUCAUCGACGGCCAGCGUCGCGGCAGCGAUAACCACCACCAAUGCACAGACCCCCGUACUGAGGAACAGCUCUGGGAUGCUCCCCUAGCAACGACACAGGACCUCGAGGAAGCUGUCGCGGCGGCCCAAAAGGCCCUCAAAACUUGGUCCAAGACGUCAAUCGAGGAGAGAUCCGAGUACUUGCGCAAGAUUGUCGAUAUUUAUACCACUCACAAGGACGAGUUGAAGGAAAUCGUCAUGAAAGAAACGGGGAAAUCGAGCCUCAUGGCAGACAUCGAAAUUGGAAAUACCUGCAAUCAAACCAUGUACUACUCAAAUGUUCACCUCGAAGAUGAAGUUACUUUUGAGGACGAAAGGAUCAAAAUUGUCGCCACUCACCAGCCACUGGGCAUUGUGGGAGCUAUAUGUCCUUGGAACUUUCCCCUCAUCCUGUCAAACAUCAAAGUAGCAUCCUCGCUCAUCACCGGCAACUGCAUCAUCGUCAAGCCCUCGCCCUUCACUCCGUAUUCCGUCAUGAAAUCCGUCGAGCUCCUCAUCGAUGUCUUCCCUCCCGGCGUCGUGCAGGUGCUCAACGGCGGCGUCGAUCUCGGCAUAUCCAUGACCUUGCACCCAGGCAUCGCCAAGAUCAGCUUCACAGGGACCAUCGCCACGGGCAAAAGCGUCAUGGCGAGCUGCGCCAAGACCCUCAAGCGGCUAACCCUGGAGCUGGCGGGCAACGACGCGGCAAUCGUAACUGAUGAUAUUGACAUUGCAAAGGUGGCAGAACAAGUCGCGACUGGAUGUUUCUUCAAUGCGGGUCAGAUGUGCGUCGCAACCAAGCGUGUCUACGUCCAUGAUGCGGUAUAUGAAAAGUUCCUGGACGCCUUCAAGAGCGCGGUUGCCGAGAAAUAUGUCAUCACCAAAGAUGCACACGCACCCAGCUUGUUCGGCCCCGUCUCGAAUAAGAUGCAGUAUGAUGUUGUCAAGGAUAUCUAUGAUCAUUACAAGAAGAAUGGCUACAACUUGAUUGCGGCAGAGUAUCCCCAGGACUCCAAAGGCUUCUGGAUACCCCCGACCAUCGUUACAAAGCCUCCUGAGGACUCUAUCCUGGUCAAGGAAGAACAAUUCGGCCCGAUAGUACCCAUCUUAUCCUGGACAGAGGAGGACGAGCUUUUCCAGCGGGUUAAUCUGGAUAACGCCGGCCUCGGGGCCUCGGUCUACUGUAGUGAUGUAAGCCGAGCCGAGAGCAUCGCCAGGAGGGUGGAGGCUGGUACGGUCGCCAUCAACCUCCCCGAGAUACCGCACCACGGGGGUUUCUUCUCCGGCAUGAAGCACAGCGGUCACGGGGGCGAGAUGGGCAAGCAGGGCCUUCAGUCAUACUGUUACACGCAAAGUCUGCAGAUUGCGAAGAGUUGA